UAAACGCCCAUCCCGUUAUCCAAGUUGAUCCCGCCAGCCUCCCCCGAAGCCAUCAAACUCGUGACGCUGCUCUGCUCCUUCUGCCUUGCCCUCACUUCCCCCCCCAAACCCCCCCCUUGUUCCCCCCCGCCAGUCAUCCCACUGUCGAAGCUCAUCCCAUCAGCCUCGCCUGAGGCUAUCUACACGCCCAUCCCACUGUCGAAGCUCAUCCCAUCAGCCUCCCCCGAAGCCAUCGACCUCAUGACGCUGCUGUGCUCCUGGGACCCUGCCAGGAGGCCCACGGCCGCGCAGUCGCUGCAACACCCCUUCUUUCUGAGUGGCAUUCAGGUCCCGCCUGUCAUGCCGUCGCCCAAGCCUGCUGCCACCAAUUCCAGCCGCACGCACCCCGUCACAUCCCCGCACCUGCCCUCCCUGCCGCAAGGCGCCAGCAAGCCCUACAGCCACCUGGACGAGCAUCUAGACGAGUGGGAAGGGGCGCCGGGGCACAGCAGCAGCAGGGGGGGUAUCAGGGCCAGGAUGGCUCUGGAGCAAGAGCAGCGGCUACGAUGCUGGCGCAGAAGCAGCAGCUGCUGCAGCAGCAGCAGUUUGCAGUUGCAGCAACAGCAGCUGCAGCAGCAGCAGUUGCAGCAACAACAGCAGUUGCAGCAGCAGCAGCAGCUGCAGAGUCAGCUGUCAGGAGUUGGGCUGGAGCAGCAGGGAGCAAGGAGAAACUCGGGCCAGUAUGCGCAGCCGCAGCAGCAGAUGGCUCAGCAGCCCAUGGGGAAGCAGUUAGGAGGGGUGGUGGGAGGGCGGUCACAGGGGCAGUACGCGCAGCAGCAGCUGCAGCAGCAGCUUCAGCAGCAGUAUCAGCAGCCGCACCCGCUUGAUACAGAGCCGUCAGGGGUGGGUCUAGAGGCCCUAACACCAAGAACACGAACCCAGGUGCAGCAACAGCAGAUGCACCAGCAGCAGCAGCAGCAGCAGCAGCAGCAGCCGUACUCCGCAAAUGCAGAAGAAACCACUGACUCUGCAGACUCAGCUCUCUGGAGUCAACCCUGCAGCACUGGAGACCCUAACCCCCGCUCCCGUGCCCAGUACUACCAGCAGCAGCCGUUGCAGCCGCAGCUGUCAGGUGUAGGUCUCGACCCGCCAACCCCGCGCUCCCGGCAGCAGCAGCAGCAAGUGCAGUCACAAUACCAGCAGCAGCAGGCCCUACAGUCGCAGCUAUCAGGGAACCUGGCGGGGUUGCAGUCUCAGCUGUCAGGGAACCUGGCGGGGUUGCAGUCGCAGCUAUCAGGGAACCUGGGGGGGUUGCAGUCUCAGCUGUCAGGGGUAGGCCUGGAGGCCAUGACCCCCCGGUCAAGAAACCCAGGCCCAGCAGCUUUUCCAGCAGCAGCAGAUGAUGCAGCAGAUGCAGCAGCAGCAGCAGCAGCUAGAGUCGCAAGUCGCGGGUUCAGGAGCAGGCACGUAUGCGUGCCCGUGCCCCUCCCACCUUGCAACAGCCGCAGCAGUCUGUGGGGCAGGGGCAGGGACAGGAAUACAGUAUAGUCUCACCGCGCGCCAUGCAAUCUUUUCAAGAUGGAGGGUAUGCCGGGCCUGCGGGCCUGCCGGAGAAUUUUUCGGGCAGACCGGACCCAAUGCAUAUGGAU